UAAAAAAUAAAGCAACAACAACAGAACAGAAAAGUCUUUUGGUUCGGGGUGAGCAAACAAGCAAAGCAAGCAAACGAAGAAGGGGAAAAAUAUUUAAAACGAAACGAAACGGAACCCGAAGAAGAAUUGAGUUAACAAUUUUUUUUCGGUUUUGUUUUCAACUCGAGCUUUAGAAACGAACGGUAGGAGGAAAGAGAAGAGAAGAUCCAAUAGAAAAGCGAGUUGCGUUUGAUAUUUUUGUCUCGGGAGAAGAACGAAGAGUCGAGAGAAGACGAGAGAGGGGAGACCCUUUCUUAUGAUGACUGAAAAUAAUUCAGAAUGUUUCAGUAGUUUGUUUGGAGACGACGACAAGUUAGGAUUACUAGAAAGAGAACAGUUGAAACGUAUCAGACAACGCGUUGACGCUGGCGAACCAAGAAAUUCGUAUUCAUCGAUACCAAAUUUUAGUUCGCGAUCGUCACUAAUGAGUAGCGGUCUGUACGGGGCUAUCUUUAGCCAGCAAUCACAAAAUAGUUUCGGUGGACUUUUUCCCGCAAAUUACGCGCCCGCAAAAAUGCUCAACGAGCUGCUCGGACGUCAAGUAAAACAGGCACAAGAUGCCUCCAAUCCCACAAGUAACGAUGGGAUUUUAAAUCAAGUGGAAUCGGCUUCAAAUAUUAAUAAUAAUAAUAAUAAUAAUAACAGUGUAAAAAUGGAAUUUGAUGGAUCAGUUGGUUCAACACAAGCUGGAAAUAAUUCUGAUGGUGGCGCUCAAUCACCACCAACAUCAGCUAACGAUCUCGCUCAUCAUAUGUUGCGAAAUAUUUUACAAGGCAAAAAAGAUUUAAUGACAUUGGAUCAAGAAUUGUCAAGACAAACUGGCGGCGCUGGUGGUGUUGGAGGUGACCGACAUUCGCCUGAUUCCAAUCAAAAUACAAUUCUUAGCAAGACCAGUAACAUGCUGAACAAUAAUAAUUUAAUCAGUAACAAUAACAAUUAUGAUGUGACUAAGAGUGAUAAUGUGAAUGGAUCAUCCGACAGUGAUCAAACCAGUGAUGUUAUAACAAAUAAUAACUUGAAAGUAUCCAGUGAAAAAGAAAAUAUUCGAAAGCAAAUAAAUGGCGGUGAACAUUCUGAAGCGAAUGGUUCGAGUGAUGGUAAGAAAGGUGACGUUAGUGAAAUUAAUGACGAUGACAGAAUGAUGAGUGAUGGAAGUGUUUCGAUGCCUUCGCCAUGGGCAUCACCAAGCUCGGAAAAUAAUUUGAAAAUGAAGGAAGAAUUAAUUGAUGGUGAUAAUGAAAAAGAUUUGUCUUUAUGUCGAUCACCAUCGCCAUCAUUAAGCGCAUCAAAUAAAAGUGAUCAAGGUGCUGUGAUGGAUUUAAAGCGUGCUCGAGUUGAAAAUAUUGUCUCGACAAUUCAUUCGAGCCCUGCUUUAGGCACUCAAACUUCCAUUCAACAGCCUCAAGUGAACGGAUGUAAAAAGCGAAAAUUGUAUCAUCCGCAACAACAUGAUAACAGUGCUGUUGAGCGUUAUGCUGCUGGUCUUUCAAUGGGACUCAACUUACACAAUCUCAUGUUGAAUGAUGAAGAUGACGAUGACGAAGACGAUGAAAUGGAACCGAAUAUUCAUCAAAAGCGAACAGAAAAAAAUGUUCUCAAGUCACAAUUACGUUCGAUGCAAGAACAACUUGCUGAGAUGCAACAAAAAUACGUUCAGUUAUGUAAUCGUAUGGAACAACAUUCAGAAACGACAGAAGAUGUUAAUGAUGCGACAAGUGAUUUAGUUGAUGACGAUUUGAUGCGUGAUGAGAAGCGAUCACCAUUGAUGGGAAGUGUUCAACAGCAACGAACACCAAAUGCAUCGCCUAUUAAAGAAAUGGCUGGAAAAUCAUCACAAGUAAGUCAUGCUCAAAGCAUGUUAAAUCAAAUGAUGAGUAAAAUGAUGACAGCAAAGUUGCAUCAUCCAACGAUGCCUUUUAAUGGCACUCAUCCUUUACUUCAACACAUGCAACAUCAACAACAGCAACCGAAUGCUGAUCAUGUUCAACAUCCAGCAUUUAGUAAUGCGGCUGCAAUGUUUCUGAGUCAGAAAUUAAUGAUGGAACAAGAAGCGAGACUUGCAAAAGAAGCGGAAGAAAGAAAUCAACAACAUCAGUUGCAACAAAUUCAACAGCAACAACAACAGGCGCAGCAACAGCAACAACAUCAACAGCAAAUGCAGAAACAACAAGAGAAAGUUCAACAAGAAAUGAUGGCAGUGGCUCGUGAACAACAAGCGCAAAGUAUGCAUCAAAUGCACCAGCAAAAUCAUCAGCAAACACCAAACAACAUUCCACCUAUGAAGACAUCACCACAGCAACAAAAUCAACCAUCACUUGGUGGCAAGUCAUCAAAUGUUCCUUCUGAACUCAGUGAAAGAUUGUCACUAAUGCGUGCAAAUGUUGCGAUGCAAUCAGUCAACUCAAUUGGACCAGUUUCGGGAUCUGAUCUCGAAGGACUUGCUGACAUUUUGAAAUCAGAAAUAAAUUCAUCGUUAUCGUCACUCGUUGAUACAAUCGUUUCUCGAUUUCUUCAUCAACGUCGAAUGAUGGGAAAACAAUCAGAAGUAGCUGCACAAGCGGCUGCUGAACUUAACAAAGACCUCAUGAUGGCAUCUCAGAUUCUCGACCGUAAGUCACCGCGAACAAAAUCAAGCGGCAAUGAUCGUGUACCGUCUUCGAAUGGUGGUAAUAAUGGAAGUAGCGGAAAUGGAAGUAAUCAAACAGGUAAUGGAAGUAAUAAUAGCACAACUAACAGUAGUAAUAAUAACACUAACAAUAACCAUCAUUUGGCACCGUCCAAUGCCAUGAAUCCUAUCCAACAUCACUUGGCCCAACACCACCAAUCGAUGAUCACCCAACAAAUGACAUCGAACGGUAACAGUAACAAUAAUAAUAAUAAUAUUAACAAUAAUAGUAAUGUUAAUGGUAACAAUAAUCCAACCUCGAAUGGCCAACAGCAAGCGAUGUCUCGCGGCCCGCCAUCAUUUCCACCCCUUGGUCAACACAUGGCAGCUGGUCAACCGCCACAGCCAAUGGUGUCCAAUGGUCUCUCUGAUCCAAACAGUCUCAAUAGUCUCACGCAAAUGCAAUCACAAAUGAAUCAAAUGAAUUUACCAACUCAUGUUCGUCCCUCUCCAACAGCUGGAAUGUUUCAAGCACCAUCAAAGACGUCAUCAGGUUCAUCACAAAUAAAUUCUGUCGCGGCUGCUGCCCUUUACAAUUCGAUUUCAGCACUGAACAGUGGAUCGUCGAGUGGAAAUCCAUUUUGCAUGCCAGAACCACCACGAGAGAAUACAAAUGAACAGAAUGAAGCUUUGAGUUUGGUUGUGACACCAAAGAAGAAGCGUCAUAAGGUGACAGACACGAGAAUAACUCCACGUACUGUCUCACGCAUUUUGGCGCAAGAUGCACUGGCUGCAGCACAACAAAAUCAUUUGGAAAGUCAACGACAAGAGCAUCAGAACCAACAAAAUCAGAAUCAAAUUCAACAACAGCAACAAUCAAAUGGACAAAAUGUCAAUCAAUCUAACUUACAAAACGGUGGAUCGAUUGGUAAUAAAUCAUUUGGAUCGAAUGGUGUGUUGCCAUCGAGGAUACCAAAUGAACAAGCAUCACCUCGUGCUAAUUAUCAUCAUUCGGCGCCACCAACGAUGCUUCCUGUAUCGUUGCCGACUUCUGUCGCUAUUCCCAAUCCAUCACUUCAUGAAUCGCAAGUAUUUUCGCCGUACAGUCCCUUCUUUAAUCCACAUGGACCUCACGGCCCUCAAACGUCGUCACUUCAUCAUAUGCACAUGUCGUCAAGCCCACCGGGCAUUGGUGCUCUUAUGGAUCCACGGGAUUCACCACCGUUACCUCAUCCACCUACAAUGCUUCAUCCAGCACUUCUAGCUGCAGCACAUCACGGCGCUUCACCAGAUUAUGGACAUAUUCGUGCUGCUAUGGACGCAAAUGAUAGAAAUUCUGAUUGCAACAGUGCUGAUAUUUCCUACGAUGGAAUGCAAUCGUCGAUAUCGUUUUCAAAUGCAUUCUUGAAACAAUUGAACCAUAAAAGAGAAAAUAAUGAUCAAAAUCAGGAUCAAUUUUCUUUAAACAACUCGCAUUCUGCAACAUUGACGCCAAUGCAUUUGCGAAAAGCAAAGUUAAUGUUCUUUUGGGUACGCUACCCAAGUUCAGCAGUUCUGAAAAUGUACUUUCCUGACAUCAAGUUCAACAAGAACAACACCGCUCAGCUGGUCAAGUGGUUCUCCAAUUUCAGGGAAUUUUACUAUAUUCAAAUGGAGAAAUAUGCCCGCCAGGCGGUUAGUGAAGGAGUUAAAUGCGUCGAUGACAUCCAUAUUAGUAUGGAUAGUGAAAUUUAUCGUGUGCUUAACUUGCAUUACAACCGCAAUAAUCACAUAGAGGUGCCACCAAACUUUCGAUUUGUUGUUGAACAAACUCUACGUGAGUUCUUCCGCGCAAUUCAAGGCGGAAAAGAUCAAGAACAAUCAUGGAAGAAGGCAAUUUACAAAGUCAUCUCUCGUAUGGAUGAUCCUGUACCAGAAUAUUUCAAAUCGCCAAAUUUUCUGGAGCAACUGGAAUAAAAUGAUUAAAUUUUAUGUCAUUACAACAUCGUGUCUAUAAAAAUAAUAAUAAUAACAACAACAACCCACAAACUCUACCAUCUACUUAAAAAAGAAAAUUAAUUGAAAAACUGUUUAAUUGUAAGAAGCUACGAAAAUAAUGAAGAGACGAAAACAAGAAAAAAUAAUUAAAACAUUCAAUUCACACUUUGUGGCUCCUGAAAUAGCAACAAACUAAUGAAUUAAAGCGACUGCAAAAUUUACAAAAUUAAAGACAAAACCAAAUCAUUUCGACGAUACUCGCGUUUAGGCCUUUUAACAAACACAAAAAAAGAAAAUUCUAUGGAUUUUGAGUUGAGAAGUUGGAAGAUUCUUGAAUUUUCUUUUCAACGAUUUUUCUUCACCCAAAUAAUGUGAAUUAAAAUCGUCGAGAAACUGAGUCUCCUUUGAAAAAAACACAAAAACUUCUUAAACUCCUUCUCCGGUCGAUAAAUCUCAGAGAUACAAAGAAACAAAAAAAAGAACACAUUUGACAUAAAAAAAUAAGUUUUUAAAAGUCUUUCGGACAUCAUCAGAGAGAUUAAGCAAAAGGAUUAUCCCCCAGCCGCAACAAGAAGACAACAACAUAAGAAAGAUAAGAAACAUCUUAAGACCAUCCUUAAGAUUAAAGAAAUAACAGCCAUCAAAACCCCCAGGUCAAGUAAACUGCAAUAUAACUAACAUCUUUGGCCAACAAUUAAAAGAAAGAUUAAACUUUAAGAUGCAAAUAAUGUUCUUUUAGUUUGAUAAGAAAGCAAUUUAUGAAACAUGUUUUGUUGCUACGCAAGUUGACUAACUUUAAGGCGCGAGCGCCUGUUGAAAAUAAAAAAAUAUUUUCGUCAUUUUCCGAACCAACAAAAUUAUGUGAACACUUUUAGUUGAAAAAACAAAAAGAAAUUGAAAUGAAAAAAGGAUUUAUUCUUAGGCUAGUAAACAUUCCAAAAAUCCAUUCACUGAAAAUGAAAAA